CUUAGCUUACGGUUUCAUCUAUUCAACCACUUUUCUUCUCAUUCAAAGUUCAAUUGUCACUCCUCUUCCAAUAUGCCUACCUUUGAGGAGUCUGAUGUCGGUGCCUCCGCACCUCUCGCACCCACAAAGUCCCGCGAGCAACAACCGCCGCAGGCCGUUGGCCAAAAUGGCAUCAGCCUCAGCAUUCCCGCUGAUGGCCACGCCAGUGAGAACACUAUCGAGGUCCCAGCUACAAGAUCAUCUGUAUCUGAUGCCUCCAACUACAUGCACAACCUCAGCCUCUCCCCCUCAAUGAGCGCCCGCAGGGGUUCCAGAAACUCUUUCGGAACUGCUCUCCCUAUCCCCAAGUCCAAACGCCAGUCUCGUCUCAGCUCAGUUCACUAUGCAGAGGGCGGUCAGCCGACCCGUCCCGGCAUGCCCCCAAUUCAGGCUUCCCGCGAUAUCUUGGCCUCCGUGGUGCAAGACGUUCAGUCCGAGAAGGUCAAGGCCGCAAAGGAUAUGGCCUUUGUGUUCGACAUUGACGGUGUGCUUGUCCAUGGUGACCGUCUUAUUCCCGAGGGUCAACGCGUGCUCGAGAUUCUCAACGGCCAGAACGAACUCGGCAUCAAGAUCCCCCACAUCUUCCUCACCAACGGUUCCGGAAAGCCUGAGCAAGCUCGUGUGGACCAGCUCUCCAAGAUCCUCCACAACCCCAUCUCUACCGACCAGUUCAUCCAGUCUCACACUCCCAUGCGUGCUCUUGCCGAUUACUACAAGACCGUCCUUGUAGUAGGUGGUGAGGGUUACAAGUGCCGCGAAGUCGCCGAGCAAUACGGAUUCGAAGACAUUGUCGUCCCCAACGACAUUGUGGCCUGGGACCCUACAAUUGCCCCUUACCGCGUCUUCACUGACGAGGAGCGUGCCACCUCCCGCCCAAGGGACUUCUCCAAGUGCAACAUCGAAGCCAUCAUGGUCUUCUCUGACAGCCGUGACUACGCCACCGAUAUGCAAAUCAUCAUGGACUUGCUCCGCAGCGAGAACGGCCGUCUCGGCACCAUGGCCAAAGACCCCGUCGCCCAGCGUAUCCCCAUCUACUUCUCUCAGGGUGAUGCUCUCUGCCCCACCGAGCACCCCUUCCCCCGCAUGUCUCAGGGAACCUUCCGCAUUGGUCUCGAGGCCAUGUACAAGGCUCUCACCGGCGUAGACCUCGAGCGUGUCGUCUACGGCAAGCCUGAACUCGCCACGUACAAGUACGCCGACGAGAUCAUCGCCAGCUGGAUGGAGCAGAUCCACGGCGAGGAGAAGCUUCCCUCCCACGUGUACAUGAUUGGUGAUAACCCUGCCUCCGAUAUCAUCGGUGGUAACAACUACAACUGGAACACCUGCUUGGUGCGCACUGGUGUGUACCAGGGCGAGGGUAACGACAAGGAGAACCCUGCCAGCUUCGGUGUCUUCAAGAACGUCUAUGAGGCUGUUACCACGGCUAUCAAGAAGGAGCUUGGAGAGGACUUCAAGUUCAAGUUCGACGAGUCCAUCAACCCUGUGCUCCACGGCAAGCACUCCGCCAUUGAAUAG